CUGUCGAUUACUCAGGAAGGGGGAAACCAAUCAGCAGGAUUACAGCAUAAUUCACGUUCUAUCUCGAUCGUGAAUCGUGAUUUCGUGAUCGACCUUCCUAGAGUCUAGGCGAUAUUCCUCAAACUCUUUUAUUUCUAUUUUAUGUUCAGAGUCAUGGCUAGCAAAGUCCCCACGGUCAAGUUCAACAACGGACAAACAUUCCCCAUAUUCGGUUUGGGAACAUGGAAGUCGAAACCCGGUGAAGUCACUCAAGCAGUGAAGGAUGCCAUUGACAUUGGUUACCGUCACAUUGACUGCGCUCAUGUCUACGGAAACGAAGCUGAGGUAGGAGCUGCUCUGAAAGCGAAACUCGCCGAUGGUACCGUCAAACGCGAAGAGUUGUACAUCACCAGCAAGCUGUGGAACACUUUCCACCGACCCGAUUUAGUUGAACCAGCUCUGAAAACCACUCUGAAGAACUUGGGACUGGAGUACCUCGACUUGUAUCUGAUCCAUUGGCCAUUCGCUCUGAAAGAAGACGGUGAACUCUUCCCUACAAAUGCAGAUGGUACAACAGCCUACAGUGACGUAGACUAUGUUGAUACCUGGAAAGCAAUGGAGGCAGUACAAAAGAAAGGACUUACCAGGUCUAUUGGAGUAUCCAACUUCAACAAGAAGCAAAUAGAGCGUGUCCUUCAGAACUGUACCAUCAAGCCAGUAACUAACCAGAUCGAGGUGCAUCCAUACCUGAACCAGAAGAAACUAAUUGAGUAUCUGAAAUCCAAAGAUAUCGUUGUCACAGCCUACAGCCCUCUGGGAUCACCCGACAGACCAUGGGCCAAACCAGAAGACCCACAACUACUGGAUGAUGCUAAAAUCAAAGAGAUUGCUGGAAAGUAUAACAAAACCCCCGCCCAAGUUGUAUUGAAGUACCAGGUGCAAAGGGGCUGCAUCACCAUUCCUAAGUCUGUUACUAAAUCGAGGAUCCAACAGAACUUCGAAAUCUGGGACUUUAAUUUGAGUCCCGAAGAUAUGGCUCUCAUUGAUACCUUCGACUGCAAUGGCAGGAUUUGUCCUUACGUUGAUGCCUACACACACAAGGAUCAUCCUUUCGUUAACGAUGAAUACUAAAUAACUGGAUCUAUAUAUAACUUACACAAGUUAAUGUUUUCAAAAUGAAAUAAAGCCUAAAACUGUU